CUUAUUAUGGUUUCAAUGAUACACAUAAUAGUGCGAUAUGAAAGUGACUCAAAGGUUACGUGAAAGUAUGAAAAAUACUUGAAAUAUUCUUAUAAAUGUAUCUAGAAAUAUAUAAACUUUAACGUUUCAUCGAUUAAGGUCAAUCUAACAGUAAUAUGAGUCUAAAAAGGAUUGGAAUAUCCUCUUUGGGUUUUCACCAUAGAAAAAGGUUUUACCAGUGUAUGAGAAAUUUUUCAUCCACUAUCAAUGAACAUAAAUUUGAUGUGAUCGUGAUUGGAGGUGGUCAUGCUGGAACAGAAGCUUGUGCGGCUGCUGCCAGAAUGGGUGCUAAAACUUUACUGGUUACCCAUAAAAAAAGUACAGUAGGAGAAAUGUCGUGCAAUCCAUCCUUUGGUGGAAUUGGCAAAGGGAAUCUCAUGAGAGAAGUAGAUGCUUUGGAUGGUGUUUGUUGUCGUAUAUGCGAUCUCUCUGGGAUUCAUUAUAACAUAUUAAAUAGAUGUAAAGGGCCAGCUGUAUGGGGCUACAGAGCACAGAUCGACCGUGGUUUAUACAAGAAACACUUGCAAAAAGAACUGUUCAAUACUCCUAACUUACAAAUAUGUGAAUCCUCUGUGGAGGAUUUAAUCAUACAAGGAGAUUCUCCAAAUUGCCGUGGAAUAGUUCUCAAGGAUGGAACAAAAAUAUGCAGUGAUGCAGUUGUUAUAACAACUGGUACUUUUCUAAAGGGCCAAAUUAAUAUUGGCUUAGAAAAAAGACCUGCUGGACGACUUGAUGAUGAACCAAGCAUAGGCUUAGCUAAUACAUUAGAAAAGGCUGGAUUUAGAAUGGGAAGAUUGAAAACUGGCACUCCACCACGAAUAGAAAAAUCUACUGUAGAUUUUACCAAAUGCACUGUACAGUUACCUGACGAAGUAUCAACACCUUUCUCAUUCCUGAACGAGACUGUUUGGCUACCGGUAGAGAAGCAACUAAAUUGUUAUGGAACACAUUCAACGGAUGGAGUGGCCAAAAUAAUAAAAGAGAAUUUGCAUUGUAAUUCACAUGUUACGGAGGAGAUAACGGGACCACGGUAUUGUCCAAGUAUAGAGAGCAAAAUCUUAAAAUUUCCGGCAAACGAGCACCAUAUUUGGUUGGAACCGGAAGGGCUCGACUCACCCAUAAUAUAUCCCUCGGGAUUAUCAUGUACUCUUCCAGCAGAAAAGCAGCAACAGCUGAUACAGUGCAUACCAGGAUUAGAAAAUGCCAAAAUGUUGAAACCUGGCUAUGGCGUCGAGUACGAUUAUAUAGAUCCUACAGAAUUGAACGUUAAAUUGGAAACAAAGAGGAUACCAGGAUUAUUCCUCGCCGGACAGAUAAAUGGUACCACUGGCUACGAAGAGGCAGCUGCGCAGGGUAUAGUGGCAGGUGUUAAUGCUGCAGCCAAGGUACUGAAGAAGAAACCAUUGAUAAUUAAUCGCACUGAGGGCUACAUAGGCGUUCUCAUCGACGACCUAACAACUCAAGGGACGAACGAACCCUACAGGAUGUUCACCAGCCGUGCAGAGUUUAGGCUGAGCCUGCGACCUGAUAACGCCGACCAAAGGCUCACCAGGAAAGGCUACGAAACGGGUUGCGUGUCGGAAGAGAGAAUGUCGAGAACGGAAAGCAUUCUGUCGAAAUUACAAGAGAGCAUCGACUUGUUGCAAAGUGAAUCCCAGUCGUCUGUGAAAUGGCGGAGGUUGCUGAAUUUCCGACCGUCGAAAAACGUUCAAUGCAAAACCCCCUUUCAGAUGUUGGGCACAUACGAGGAAACCGUGUCUGUCGAAACUUUGGUCAAUGUACUUCCGGAUCGAUUUCGGCACUUGUCCGACGAUCCAGUACUAGCACGAAGAUUGGAGAUAGAAGCGAUUUAUGCGAAUGGGAUCGCGGAACAACAGAACGAGGUCAACGAGAUCCGCAAGAACGAGGAGAUGAUCAUACCUCCGGACAUCGACUACAAUUUGCCACGGUUGUCCAUAUCCAUAGAAGAGAAGGAGAAAUUGUCGAUGCUUCAGCCGUAUACGAUAGCGGCAGCCAGUCGAAUCUCAGGCGUGAGACCGUCGACCAUUCUGCGACUGAUAAAUUACAUAAAGUUGACUUCGUGUACAGUAUAAUCCCCACGUAGCUGAAAUAAACGAUAUUACCUUCAAAAGCUA